AUGACAGAAAGUGAGGAAGCUAUUCAGGAGGAGGGAAAAAUAAGUUUCAAGCAGAAAGUUUACGAUUUUGUGAUGGGAAAACCGGAGAAAGAAGAAGAGUACGGAGUUAUUACGGUUGGAAUUUCCACCCAAAUCACCUGAAAGUAAUUUUUUCAUUUCAGGAGUCGUUCGUAAAAUACGUGCGAUCAGAACGUCCGUACAAACUCGCCGCCUCUUUUUCUUUCUUCAUUCUCGUCUUCCUCGUCGGCUUUCCGAUGUGGCACUUCACCACUUCCACGUAUCGAGCUCCAUUCCUCACUUUUUCGGCGAAUCGAUCGAUAACCGUACCGGUGAGAGUUGUUUUCACGACGACUUCUGAAGAGCUCAUCGAAGACAUUCGGAAGCUGAUGGGGGAGUUCGAGACAAAUGCGACUACGCGGGAAAUUGUAGCGCCGUUGGAUUUCGAGUGGAGCACACAGUUUUUGGGUGUCAGGUAAGUACGCUGCACAUGUUAAAGUAGUGGCUGCUAAAUAGCUCUAUUUUUCAGAGAAUUCCAGAAAUUGGAAAAAGAUCACUCGAUGGAAGUGGAAGACAACAAGCAAUUCUUCGACGUCCACGUGGCCAUCACUCCCGAGAAGGACUGGACUCACUACUCGGCGACACGUGUACAAUUAGGCAUUGGAAAAUGGAACUUUGUCCAAUGGCCUACCAAAAACGAAGAAAAGCCGAAAGCAGCGAGCAGAGUGACCGAACUCGUCUGGGAGACGUUGAUCGACGUGCCGCAUCUGAAUUCGAUCGUCCGGCGAGAUCUCCGACAGAAAAUGCAGCCGUGGCAGAUUGCCGCGCUUCCGUUAUCGCAUCAGAAGCGAUUGGUGUGGGAUUCUGCGCCGUUGGCAACCAGUUAUCAUAUUCAAGUGAUUCAUUUGCAUGAAAACUCGGACAUUUCCGACAAAUCGCUGAAAGAACAAGAGAAAACUGCGAAGGCACUGCGGAAGUUUGCUGAAAAAGUGAAAGGAAUCACAAAGGUCGACGUUUCAUUUGAGCAUCUCUGGGACUUUGAACCGAAUCGACAGUUUCUGGAGAAAGAUGUGCAGGAGCGAUGGACUCUGACCCAUUCUGCGAUGGAAGAGCUCGUCAAAAAGGUCGACAUGCAAAUGCAAACGAGCUUAGAGCAAGGCGCAGUGCUCCGAUUCGUUGUGCUCGAGACGACGGAGCCGGUGAUUGUGUUGGACGAGACUGGGGAGGACAGCCACGGAGUUGCGGUCGCUUCCUGGGGAGCUGUGCUUCCGAGAAACGAGGCAACCGAAUCGAGAGCUAUUGCGGCUCUCAGGUAAGCAUAAUUCAUUCACUCACGAAACCUCCCUGAAAUAAUCCCAUUUUCGUUCAGAAUCCAAAUGGGAAUGGACGCGGAGCUGUCUCCCGGCUGGCACCGCCCUCCAGUCGCUCUUUGUCAAUGGGAAGUGGCGAGAGCCCGUCUCCGAGCCUCCGUUGACAACGCAAUGCGAGCCGCCAGUGCCAUCCGAGCCCUCGAGCAACUUACCCACAAGAUUUCCAACAUUGUGAUUAAUGAUGACGUGGCAGAACGUGCCACUCGCGCAGUUCGAAUCCUUGACGACGUUGUCCAACCGGGUAAAAUGCUGAAUUUUGAACGUCUCCUGGAAGCUCGUCGUCUUGCCGACAGCGCGAAUUCCGAUCAUUCCCUUCUGGCUAUGCUCUACUUCCCGAUGGAUCAACGCACCGCCGUGCUCAUUCCGCUGGCCGUUCCGAUUGUGCUUCCGAUCUUCAAACUGGUCUACGAAAUUGUGAAAAUAACAGUGUUCCGCGGUUAUUUGUAA